AGUAGACCCAGCUGACUUACAACAUGUUAGCUUCGCUGUUCUUCGUCUGUCUCUCGCAGGUCGUGCUAAGUUCAGCCGAUUUACCAUCUCCAGUCAAGCCAUGUAAGAAUGAUGGUUCACUAAACGAAUGUGUCAUUAAGCAAUCCCAAGAUGUUAUCAAAGCAGUUGCCAAAGGUAAUCCUAAGUAUGGUAUACCAAGCUUGGACCCGUUGCACAUUCCUAAAAUUGUGCAGUCUGAGGGCGGAUCAAAGAGUGUCUCUAUGAACUUAACAUUGGAGAAUAUUAAUAUCUAUGGUAACGCGGGUGCAGAAAUUGUCAAAGCAGAAAUGGACAGUUCAAAGAAACAAUUCAAGUUAACAGUGCAUCAUCCACAAGUCAAACUCAUUGCAGAUUAUAUUUUAGAAGGUAAAUUUCUAGUCGUUCCAGUUAAUGGUAAAGGAAAAACGACGAUUACAUUAGAUGAUCUGACGUCAGUCUAUAUAUACAAAUUUAAACCAGUUCAGAAGAAGGGAGUUGAUUAUAUCACUUCAGUCCGACCUGCAUACUUAAGUGUAGUACCCAAGAAAAUGACAUUCAAUUUUGAAAAUCUUUUCAAUGGAAACAAAGCCUUAGGUGAGGCAACGAAUAAGAUGAUGAAUGAGAACUGGCAAGAAUUCGACAGGCAGAUGAGUAAAGGUAUUAAAUUGGCCCUUUGUGAAGUGUACACCGACACAAUGGACAACGUACUUCGAAGUACGCCUUAUAGUGCAUUAUUCCUUAAGUAAUUAGUAGAAGAACAACAAAACAGAGAUUUCCACAUUAUUAUUUUUUUUUAAAGCAAUAUGUUAAAUAUGUGUUAUCUUUUACA